AUGGCAAAGCUCCACGCCGAGCAUCGCCAUGUUCAAAGCGUGAGACCCCUUGUGCGAGCAUAUGCCCUCGGCUAUCUCUCAAGCGCAAGUCCGAGGAUCGUCAGCGUAUUGGUUGCGCUGGCGAGGAAGAAGAUCGGCUUUGCCCCAGCGUCUCACCGGAUACUCCAGGUGCUACGCCGGUCCGCCGCAUUUGAUGCAUUCCCGGCCUGCUGCGGCAUCCUCGUUGGAGGAUCGACUCUGCUUCAACUGCCCCUAUUGCGUCUGGUCCACAUGAUUGUACGGCAAUUUUCGGGCUUGAAACGCAUGGUUGACGAGCGCAUCGCCCUGAGAUUAGCGAGAUUCGUGGCCGCGCUCAUUUCCGCCUUCAUCAGUUUCCUUGUCCUUAAUCGCAGACCAGCAAAUCGCAUGGAUCGUAAGCCUAACAAUGUAGGAUUAAGUAAGAUGGAAGUAACUUCCAAAAACGCCAUCGACCCAUUCGAUGACCCCCCAGAAACACCAGCAGUCUCCUUACCGUUGGGCACUGCCAACGUGGCAACAUUACCGCCUGCCCUUGCUGGCAGGACGAUGGAUCUCACCCUUUUCGCAGUGAUACGGGCUCUAGACGUUGUAAUCAGCGAAAUUUGGGCACGAACACCAAUUCGCUCUACCUCAGUUCGAAGUGUGAUAACGAAUAUCACUCCACCGGCUUUAUUCAGCGCCUCUGCAGCCACUAUCAUGUAUGCGUGGUUCUAUAUGCCCUCUCGAUUGCCUUCCGCCUACAACAGCUGGAUAUCCUCAGCCGCAGGGCUAGACCGCCGCUUGCUGCUCGUCCUUCGCCACGCUCGCUAUGGUACCUUCGUCUAUGGCAAAAAUACAGGAUUGGCGCCCAUUCUGGAAUCGAUGUGCAAAGACUACGACUUACCAGAGGUCUGGGGCGAUCCCGCAAAGACCGUCCCAGUCCCCUGCGAGCUCGUCCACAUGGGAUGUGGCAAAAACUGCGAGACGCAUGCACUUUCGCGCUUUUGGCAAGGCUGGAUGUUCGCCGCCCGGAUGUACGCCCCCAUCCAGCUCUUGGUGCUUCUACGGAACGCCAGGAGCAAAGCCCGUCUUCAUGGGAACACGAAGCUUCUCAUCACCGCUGACGCGGUAACCAAGGCCGUGCUUGACAUGGCGCGCAGCUCAGCUUUCCUAGGUGCUUUUAUUGCCCUGUUUUACUACGGCGUCUGCCUUUCGCGUACGCGGCUCGGGCCCAAAGUCUUCUCCCCUAAGACCAUCAGCCCGCAGAUGUGGGAUAGCGGGCUCUGCGUGUUGGCAGGGUGUAGUUUAUGCGGUAGCAGUGUGCUGCUAGAGAGCGCGCAGAAGCGACUCGAGAUUCUGUUCUUUGUGUUGCCACGCGCUGCAGGUGUGUGGUUCCCCCGGCGCUAUCUAAGGGAGAACAUGUGGAAAGAGCAGAUCGCGUGGUCCAUUAGCACGGCUUUGGUCUUUGCGACGGUGCAGGAACGGCCGGAUAAAGUUAGGGGAUUCCUAGGGCGGGUUUUGAAUGGGGUUCUGGUCCAAUCGUAG